UGAAUCAUACACAUGAUUUCCGUUCUACUUUGCGAUAAGAAUGGUAUUCGAGUCUUGUCACUGUUUUCAAACUUUUACUCUGGUUAAACGUUCUCAAUUUGGAUUCUUCUAUCAUCAUAUUGGUCGUACAUGUACAGCCUAGGCUUUCUUACAUAUAAACGAAGACUAGAGGAAAACAAUUCAGUAGCAAAAUGGUGGAGCUUCGAGUCUUCUUCUUCCCUAUGCUGGCUCAUGGCCACAUGAUACCCACCCUAGACAUGGCCAAGUUAUUUGCCUUCCACGGCGUGCACUCCACGAUCAUCACCACCCCUCUCAAUGCUCCUGCUUUUGAAAAAGCUGUGCAAGAAUGCAACCACUCGGGCUUUCGAAUGAGUAUUGCGGUUGUUAAAUUCCCCAGAGUUUCGGGCUUGCCUGAAGAUUGUGAGAAUGCUGAUCAGCUCACUUCCCCUGCGAUGUCACCGUUGUUUCUACGUGCUACGCAGAUGCUUGAGGAACAAGUUGAGCAGGUUCUUGAGCAGCACCGUCCUGAUUGCCUUGUUGCUGAUAUGUUCUUCCCCUGGGCUACUUAUUCGGCUGCCAAGUUUGGCAUCCCGAGACUCGUGUUUCAUGGAACAUCUUUCUUUUCUUUGUGUGCUUCGGAGCAAGUGAGGCUUCACGUGGCUGCUGAUAAGUUGGAAAAUGAUUCGGAUGAGAUUAUUGUUCCUAAUCUACCGGAUGAAGUGACGUUGUUAGUGAGCCAACUUCCGAUUUAUCAAAGGCAAAAAAAUGAAUCUGAGUUCAGUAAGCUGAUGAUUAGGAUCAAAGAGUCUGAAAUGAAGAGCUACGGAGUGAUUGUGAAUAGCUUUUAUGAGCUGGAACCUGAUUAUGCUGAUCAUUACAGGAAUGUUCUUAUGAGACGAGCGUGGCAUGUAGGGCCUGUUUCGUUGUGCAAUACAAGUGUGGAAGACAAGGCGCGGAGAGGGAAAGAAGCUGCAAUUGGUGGAGAUGAAUGCUUGAAGUGGCUGGACACGAAGAAGGCUGAUUCGGUUUUGUAUGUUUGUUUCGGGAGUGUAAGCAAAUUUCCUAGUAAUCAGUUGCAUGAGAUUGCAGUGGGACUGGAAGCCUGUGGACAACAAUUCAUAUGGGUUGUGAGGAAAGGCAAAAAUGAUGAGGAAUGGAUGCCUGAAGGAUUCGAGGAGAGAAUAAAAGGGAAAGGCCUCAUAAUUCGAGGAUGGGCGCCCCAAGUGCUGAUUCUUGAUCACAAAGCUAUAGGUGGUUUUGUGACACAUUGCGGAUGGAACUCGACUCUUGAAGGAAUAACUGCUGGAGUGCCAAUGGUCACCUGGCCAUCAUUUGCCGAACAAUUUUAUAAUGAGAAACUGGUUGUUGAGAUUCUUCGGAUUGGGGUUGCUGUUGGUGCCAAGGAAUGGGUUGCUGGUACAGGCAGUGGCAAUAUAAAAAGGGAGGCAUUUGAGAAGGCGGCGAGGAGUGUGAUGGUGGGGAAAGAUGCUGAGGAGAGAAGAGACAGAGCAAAAGCACUAAAAGAGAUGGCAAGAAAGGCCAUUGGAGAAGGCGGUUCAUCGUGCUUAGAUUUGGAUGCUUUGAUCAAGGAGCUGAGAAUGCAUCAUUCCUCUUGUUAAAGCAGCACAAAAUCAAUUUCAGCUAGCUAUUUUAUAUUUGUUUUGCUAUGUGUUCUGUUUUGUACUAGUCUUUCAAGUUCAUCUAGCUUUAAUCCUAUAUUACUCAAGCACAUCCAAACGAUUAGUUCUUUAAGGGUGAA